CGGUUUGCUGCGCCAUGUGUAGGAAAUGACAUCAAGCUGCAUGCCACUGGCAACAGAAAAGUUAGCUUAAUGUCCACAUAGGAGGGUCCAGGUGGUACACAUUUACAAGAAAGUGUACAUAUAGGACGACAGAACACCAACCAGAUGCAGCGUUAAAGAAUAAUGGUGUAAAAAAAAGCGUAUCCUCGUUUAUAUUAAUCAUGUGGAGGAUGUCUUUGUGUGCAGGCUACCGAAGCGUUGGGUGCAGGAUUGUUGGAAUAAAGGGACUUUGGGGCUCCCGUGUGGUGCGAACAUGCAGCACUCCAGCCAUUCCCGCAGGCCGGAUCACAGCGCUGCAGGCGGUGGAUUUAUGGACGAAUCACUUCGUGGAGAGAGGCGUGAUGGAGCCCGACCACUCCAGCCUGCACAUCCUCGCUUACCUGCUCGGUGCUAAAACUAUAAACAGUCUCGAGCGGGGCAAGCUAUCAGAGUUUCUAAGUCCAGAAAAAACAGAGCAGAUGUGGCGCCUCUGCUCCAGACGCCUAUCCAGAAUGCCCGUGCAGUAUGUGAUCGAGGAAUGGGACUUCAGAGAUCUGACGUUGAAGAUGAGACCCCCCGUUUUCAUACCGAGGCCUGAAACCGAGGAGUUGGUUGAACUCGUGCUCACCGAUGUGGACAUGAGGCCCGGGACUGGAGCCGGUGUUGACGCCCCGCAUACAUGCUUGGAAGUGGGAUGUGGCUCUGGUGCCAUCGCUCUUAGUCUGCUGAAGAGUCUCCCCCAGCUUAAAGUCAUUGCUCUGGAUCAAAGCCAGGAUGCAGUGGAUUUAACAGGAGAGAACGCACUCAGGUUGGGGCUUCAGGACAGAUUACAGGUUUACCAUUUAGAUGUAAUAAAGGAUGCAGAAACCGUGUUAAGCCUUUGUCGCCAUGUUUCAACUUUGGUCAGUAAUCCGCCGUACCUGUUCUCGGAGGAUAUGGACACGUUGGAACCUGAAAUAUUUCGGUUUGAGGACCACGCUGCUUUAGAUGGAGGUAUAGACGGCCUGAAAGUAAUCAAACAGAUUUUGACUCUGGCUCCUCAGAUUCUAUCAAAUCACGGACGUGUUUACUUGGAAGUGGAUCCUAGACACCCCCCGCUUAUCCGGCGGUGGGUGGAGGCGAAUGUGGAAGAGAUGCGUUAUGUGGAGACGCGGCACGACGUCAGUGGCAGGCCACGAUUUUGCAUCCUUCGCAAAGAGAAAUCAAACAAGGACCACAAGCUGGAUCUGGAUUGAGAAAGCGAGAUCCUAUUACGCUGCCUUUAUCCCGGGGACGCCACAGCCUCAGCCGCCCCACCCCCACAGAGCCGCCUCGCACCGACUUCAUUGCUCAAACAUUCACCACUCGCCGAGGCUCAGGAUCAUUUCCACGUCGCUGUUGCACUUUAAAUCUGGUAGCAUUUGUGAUCCCAUCACAUCCUGCGCCGCCAUAAAAACUGCGCGCGAGGUGGCACAGAAGCGGACUCUGAAAGCUGAAGGUAAUUACUGAGGCUUUUCUUAGAACCCUCCCUCCCAGAAUCUCUCCCUCCUCCCAGGAAGCCUUCAGCAGUUCUGUGAAUCCGCUGAUGAACGGUCCUCCCCUUCGCUCGUCCACUCGCUGAGUCAGACGCAGGCUGUAGGCAUUGUUGAGCAAAAACACACACGCACACACGCGCACACAAUGUUGCUUUCACUUGCGCACGUCAGCCCACUCACAGAUCGGCCUUUGUGUUUCAAAGGUGAUUUGAUGCAGAAAAUGUUUCCCAACAAAUGUCACAAGAGCAAUUUAUCAUGUGACGGUGAAUAGAGAUGAUGAUGGACGGGGUUUCUCUUUGUGAGCCGUGCCGCCUGCUGAAAAGAGAAAAUAAUUCGAAAGACAGCUAGUUGGACUCCAGCCGUUUUUUCUUUAAUAGAAAAUUGUACACAUGUAAAAAGGUAGAAAAAAUGUCAUAAAAGAUGUCUCGAUGGAAUCCAUGUCCUUCUUUGGAACUGCUUGUACUUCAUUAACUGAUUAUGGUAAUACAGAUAUGGACAAUUUCCACAUCCAUCAUGAAAUAAAGGAUUACAGUACGGAG